UGGAAGCGGGGGUAGGUGUGAGAUUGACCAAACCGCAUCUCUCUCCGUUCAUAUCUUCUACUUACUCUCAUGUCUUCUCGUAUAUAAACCCGAACAUACAUCUCUUUUCCCUCAGCUUGAACACCUCCUCAAGCUUCAAAUAAACAAAAAUAAAAUUCUCGAGAGCUGUAGUCUGGACUGACCCCUGUUUCCGCAACUGUACACAUAUAUCAUAAUUUGGUGUAUAAUAAUUUUCGAGAUUGUAGUCCAGGCUGACCCCGUGUUGUGCAAAUAUAGCAAAAUGCAAGCUCUAUCUCCGGCAACGAGUACUAACCUGGAGUUUUUAUUGGCACGAAGAAGGCGUGUUAACCGAGUUGCACCGAGUCAAAUGAUCAUCCGCUCCGCUUACCGGUACGACUCGGCUAACGCGGCGAGCAGCGCGAACGGGAGCCGCGCUGACUGGCAAGCUUCCUGCGCUAUCUUAGCAAGCAAAGUCGUUUCUCAGCAGGACACCGAGAAAACCGGCGAAAUUACCGCGGUUAACGGUCACCGGACAUUGGAUCUCGUGCCGAUUGAUAAUCUCCCGAAGCCGCUGACGAUUAGUGACCUGGCGCCGGCGCCGAUGCACGGAUCUACGCUGCGCGUGGCGUAUCAGGGCGUUCCGGGAGCGUACAGUGAAGCAGCGGCCGGAAAGGCGUAUCCUGAGUGCGAAGCGAUUCCGUGCGAUCAAUUCGAAGUUGCGUUCCAGGCUGUUGAGCUCUGGAUCGCAGAUCGAGCUGUUCUGCCGGUGGAGAACUCGCUCGGUGGAAGCAUUCAUCGCAAUUACGAUCUCCUCCUCCGCCACAGGCUGCAUAUAGUCGGUGAAGUUCAAUUACCUGUUCAUCAUUGUCUUUUAGCACUUCCAGGCGCUCGAAAAGAGUACCUGACUCGCGUGAUUAGUCAUCCGCAGGCGCUUGCGCAGUGCGAACACACGUUAACGAAGCUCGGAUUGAAUGUUGCGAGAGAGGCUGUUGAUGACACUGCUGGAGCCGCGGAAUUUGUUGCGAAUAAUAAGCUGCUCGAUACAGGCGCGAUCGCGUCUGCACGAGCCGCUGAGCUUUAUGGAUUGAAUAUUCUGGCUGAUGGAAUUCAGGACGAUUCGAGUAACGUGACUCGAUUCGUCCUGCUGGCUCGUGAGCCGAUCAUUCCAAGGACUGAUCGGCCUUUUAAAACGAGCAUCGUUUUCGCUCAUGAUAAAGGAACUUCUGUUCUGUUCAAAGUGCUGUCCGCGUUUGCUUUUCGCAACAUCAGCCUGACGAAAAUCGAGAGCAGGCCUCACAGGAACCGUCCAAUUCGAUUAGUGAACGACGAAAAUGUCGGAACUGCAAAGCAUUUCGAGUACUUGUUCUACGUUGAUUUUGAAGCCUCCAUGGCAGAAUCCAGGGCACAGAAUGCGCUUGCUGAAGUUCAGGAAUUCACUUCGUUUCUCAGGGUUUUGGGGAGCUAUCCAAUGGAUAUGACUCCCUGGUCGCCUUCACGGGAAGAUUAAUUAACGGCGUUGUCGUUUAUUUCUUCGAAUUAAAUAAUUAAAUUAUCAUUUUAUUUUUUGAAAUUAAAGUUGCUUAUUCUUGGGGAUUAAGAUUAAGGAUUUGAAUUAAUCUCCCAAGGAAACAAAGGAGGGAAGAAAGAAAGAGUGUUAGGUAAAUACUUAUAUUUAUAAAUGAAAUGUGUGUGCGUUAGAGUCUGAGAUUGCUUGGGAAUGCAUCUAGUUAAUUGUAUACACCAACCAAUCUUUUUGUGUAUAAUUGAAUGUGUACACAAGCCAAUCUUUCUGUGUUGUCAACUGCCCUGAAGAAAGACAAACUUGCAAAUUUCUGCUUUUAUUGAUCAA